AUGUGUGUGCCUAACUUGCCAAAGACUGAUGGUGGAGAGUCUCACACUGCUUGGUCAGAUCCAAUUCUUAGUCACCCUGAUUGCGUUGAAGUGGGGUUCAGUGGCCGGAACAACAGAUGGGGGAAAAACGGGAGCCGGAGAUACUCUGCAUACAAGACGUGGAACUCCAGUCUUUACCCCCGGUGGAAAGAAGGAGAUGCCAGGCAGGGAAAUUGUUGGCGAGGUGGCAAUGUCACAUUUGAUAUCGGCAAUGAUGCCCCGACUUUAACAAGUGCCAAAGUCACGUUCAGGAUUGCUUUGCGCUUUCCCAGCAAUCAAACUGCGCUGCCAGAUGGACGGGUAGUGUGGAGCCAGAACUGCAUCAUAAAUGGCACUCGUAUGAGAAAAGGGGACCCUGUUUACCCAGACCAGGAGGAUGAUGCUUCUGAUUAUGUGUUUCCUGAUGGACAACCCUUCUCCCCAAGCAAUCGCCGGCCUGGCAAGUUUGUCUUUGUUUGGCAGACAUGGGGGCAAUACUGGCAAGUGGUAGAUGGUCCCACCUCCUCACUGACCAUUGAAACAGCCGAUAUUGCUUUAGGAUCCUAUACCAUGAAUGUGGCAGUCUAUCAUUACCGGGGACGGGAGAAAUUCAUCCCUAUUGGUGGUGCCUCAACCCAGUUCAGCAUCACGGACCAGAUCCCAUUCCAAGUGAACAUUGAGCAACUUCUUGAUACCGAUGGGACAGAUAGUCGUUUUGUGCGAAACCGAGCCAUCUCUUUUGCUGUGCAGCUCCAUGACCCUAGUCAAUACCUCCAUGAUGCCGACAUCUCCUACUCCUGGGAUUUUGGUGACCAGAGUGGGAUUCUGAUUUCUCGAUCAACCAUGGUCACUCACACCUACCUUUCCGCUGGUACCUUCAGUCCUCGCGUGGUGCUUCAGGCUGCCAUUCCCGUGGCUUCAUGUGGAGGCAGUACUUCAGAAGACCCAUUCAUCAUGCCUACCACCCUCAUGCCUACCACCCUCAUGCCUACCACCGCCCCGAGUGGAACUACGGUUCAAGCUUCCAGUGUGUUUUCCACUAUAAAUAGCAUCACUGGGGCAAGCACUGAAGAGGCUGUGACCUCUGUCCCAGCUUCUGCGACUUCAGUCCUUUCCACUGUGUCGCCAGCAGUAACCGAAGAGGCAACAUCUGUAGCCACAGUUCCUGCCACAAACAUCAGUGCUGCACCUGAAGAAACAGAUUUGGCGGCUGCUUCUGUGGAACCUGCAAUUGUUGUAUCCUCUGAUGCCACUGAAGACAGUACAGGCACUGAGAGUGUGACUAUUGCCAUGUCUGCAUCUCCCCCAAAUACCACGGCAUCUACCGCAGCAUCUGAAUCUCUACCAGACUCUGUGACUCCAGGUUCUUCAUCCACAAUAGCACCUGAGAAUGAUUCAGGCACACCAGAACCCACUGUUUUGUCCCCCGUUGCAUCUACAACUAUCCUUUCAGAUAACUCUGAAGAUACAGCAGCCAUCAACCCAGAGGAUUCGGUUAUGCCUGACACAGGAACAGUUGCAGGAGAUGUGGUCCAGCUCCUGGUGAAACGCCAGGCACCCACUGGAUGCCUCCUCUAUCGUUAUGGAACCUUUGCCACUAAUCUGGACAUCAUCCAGGGCAUAGAGAGUGUGGAAAUUGUGCAGGUAGUACCACUGAUGCCUGCUGUUGCUGAGAACGCAGUAGAUCUCACUGUGACCUGCCAGGGAAGCCUCCCCCAAGAAGUCUGCACCACCGUUUCAGAUCCUGAUUGUGUAAUAAUCCAGGAGAGUGUGUGCAAUCCUGUUCAGCCAAGCCCAGACUGCCAGCUUGUUUUGCGCCAGGCCUUCAACCAAUCUGGCCUCUACUGUGUCAACAUCUCACUGGCUGAUGCCAACACCUUGGCUGUUGCCAGCACCCAAGUCAGCGUUCAGACAGAAAGGAAUCAAGCUUCAGCUCAAAUUACAUUUGUAGUUGGAGUCUUGCUGGUUAUUGCUGCCAUGGGAGCUGCCAUCUAUACGUAUCGGCAUUUGAGACACAUCCCUCUAUGGGCCAUGAGGUCUGCUGGAACUUCUCCAAGGAACUGGUUUCCUGACCGCACAGCUGUACGCCUCUUCUUUGGCCAGGCGUUUGGCCAGAGGGCCAGUGGGGAGAGCAGCCCCUUGCUCAGUGGCAACGUCAUCUAA